ACGACCUUGUUACGUCCUUCUCUUGACACUUGGACACUUGGCGUUGCUGCAGAAGAGAAAAUUUCUUUGCUGAACGACGUCCGGAUUGGAAGCGUCCGAGUUGUUGGCUCCGCGGCGUACACCACCGUACACACUGUUCUGGAGGAUCGUCGGAACCGCGGAUCGUGGUGUCACUGGAGCUGCUGACUGAUUCCGCGACCUGAUUUUUUAUCACAGGGAAAAGUGUUCAACCACUUGGCCCAGCACGACAACGACGAGUGUCCAAAAGAAGAAGAAAAAAAAAGCAACGAAGAAAUAGAAUUACCAACCGCCAGCCAUCUGCAACCAUGUGAAUUAAUCGACAGCAGUUUAUUUUAAUGCAAUGAGUGAAUAAAUCGAAAUUCCAUAACUGAAGUAUAAAGUCAGAGAAAACAAAAAAAAAAAGAGGAAAGCAAUCGAAGCACUGAGAACGCGAAUCCAUUAAAAUUGUGCGAGCAAGAAGAAAGAAGUGAAACCGAAGCUAAAAGUGAGAUAUUUAAUUAAAAAUAGAACCCAUCAGCGCCAGCAAGCAAACAAGCAAAAAAUAAAAAUCCAAAAUUAUAAAAGCACAUCUAGAAAUCAAUUUCGGCAAAAGUGGCUCAAGUGGCAGUUUGAAAUUGUUCGCUUCUUCCACAUUCUUCAACACAAAACAACAAACCACACAACAACCAAGUUCACACACCGCACAGGCCAGUGAUCUUCGUGCAAACCCUCCGAUAUCUCCAGAGCAUCACGAAGAGCAACAAACAAAACAAAAAAAAAACCGGCCAACCCCGAAGACAGGAGCGCGAGUGUGUCCGCGGCUCACAGUACACAACCUGUAAUCUAAUUUAAAACUCUUGUUAUUGUUUGUUAUUGUUGUUGGUCCCUCCCCGUUUGUGGCGAUGAUGAUGCUGUGCUCCCCGAAAAACCGUGUUUGGUCGUGAUCCGGCAGUGCGAACAAAAGGAAGAUUUACGCACUUCAACGAACUCGAACUCGACAGCGAGAACGACGACGACGACGACGACCGACGGAACCAUCACCACCGGAAGUACUGCCGGGACGAACCAGUGACCUUUGGUGGGUGUCUGUUUGGCGGUGCCUGUGUCCCAACGACGAUCAUCACCGUGACUGCCAUUCUUAUCGGAUUAUUUUUCGAGCUACGAAACUGUCUAGUUUCCAUGAGCACUCAGGGCGAUCCGUCGACAUCCGGUGGAGGACCUGACAGACCGUGUGGGAUAACCUCGCUGCUUCCGGUGGGCAUGUCUUGCCGUGGCCGCGCCGAAGCCUUCGCUCGCAGCCUCCAGUCUCGCCUUCGGACACUUGGCGCCCAGGGCAAUGCAGACGAUGAAGUGCCGAUCACCGGCGGUGGCAACGGCGCCAGCAGUACCGGCGUCUACAACGCCGAAAACACAUGGCUUUCACAGGAGGAGACUGCGGCGGUAACGAGCUCACAGCCAUCCCGACUGGUGGUGACCAACGAUUCGGCCGAUUCCUGCUUUGACUUUGACAUGGAGAUCGAGAGUCCGGGUUCACCGGUUGAAGAGUGCGAGUACCUCCCGUUGAUUGAAACGGCCACGGCCACACCGGCAGAGAUUGCCCCGGAAUCGGGCUACGUGUGCGCCUCACCCUGUUCCACACCGCAGGUCAGCCAGGAAGAGCACAGUCCAUCGAGUACGGGUUCAUCGUCCGACUGCCAGUUUUACGACCCCGAGAGUUCGGACGCCGAGCAGCGUUGUGACUACUACGACUGUACUACCUCGGAUCCGUCAUCGGGUUCCAUUUCGGCGACAUCCCGACCGACCACGUCCCGAACACAACAACACACAACUACCUCAAUGGAAUCCACCCCAACGACGACGACGGAACCAACGGUGGUAGCGACGGCAGCGUCGGCGGCAGGCGCGUCAUCUCCCACGUCUCGAAGGAAGAAACACCAAAACGGUCACCUUCCCAGCGGACUCGGCACAGCGACGGCAGAUUCGGACAGCUGCUCGGAAUCGUUACCACCGUCGCAGUCCACCGAGUCCCACGACUCGACCUUCACCGGACUGAGUUCGAACAACUCGAACAGCACACUGCAGGACGUCACGAUGGAAGACGUGCCCCCGAGCAGCAGCAGCGUUGACGAAACGGACGACGGGAAAGUAUUAGCGAACGGGCACGCCGUAAUGCCAAAGGGGACAAUAAUGCAGGAGGAAUCGACGGUGGCCAAGUUUGAGCUCAACCAGACGUACAACAUUGACGUGUUGAAGUUCAUCAACGGCGAUGCCGAGGAAGAACCGGACGAGGAGGAUCCCAACAGUCCAAAGGUCGAAAUGGCCGAAGUUGAGAAGAUGUUGCAGAACUGCAGCAGCGAACCCGAAGAGCAGCCAGCGGCAAGCGAACACAAGCGCGAAGGACUCUCGUCUGGCGAUGAGGACGAAGAUUUUUGUCGACCCCAGCGAAUCCGACGAUGUUCGUCGCUGAAAACGGGCAAAACCCCGCCGGGAACUCCGGGACGGAAAAAGAUUGUACGAUUUGCCGACGUGCUCGGGUUGGAUCUGGCCGACGUGAAGACGUUCGUCGAUGAAGUCCCGAAGGUGCCCAAGCAGGCGUACGAAGAUCUGGAAAUCAACAUGGAACCCGUGCAGACGCAAAUCUGUCUCGGUCCGCGGGCCGAUCGGGUGCUGGUUCCGCUGUUCCAGCAACCGGGUGCCCUGCCGUGCUUCCUCGACAGAGUGCGCGAAAAGCAGGUCAACCUGGAGAACGCCGCCGUGACCGACCCAAUCAACCUGACCAUAACCGGAACGGUGCGCGUGCGGAACCUCGACUUCCACAAGUCGGUGUACGUGCGCUACACGACCGACAACUGGCGCAGCUUCUCGGACCUGCAGGCCUCGUACGUGGACAACUCGUGCGACGGCUUCUCCGACAAGUUUACCUUCACUAUCUUCGGCACGUCGGUGCAGCUCGGCCAGCGGAUCGAGCUGGCGGCGCGGUUCCACUGUCGCGGCCAGCAGUUCUGGGACAACAACUACGACACCAACUACGUAUUUCAGUGCUUGCCAAUUUCCCAACCGAACAACGUGGCCCAACUGGCGGUCAAGCCGGCGAACCUCACCGAUUCCCUGCUCAGUCCGGACGAAAGCUGGUGCAAGAGUUUCUACUAGGUGUCCAGGUACCAUCCUCUCCCCCCGCCUAGCGUAAUUUUACCACACACAGAGAGAAAAAAAAUAGCAUGCGGAAGUAGCUUCACUUUCCACAACACCCCAACCCAAAAAAAAAAACCGGAAGUGAAGUCCAAAAUUUUAGCGUGUAGUAUUAUUGUUAAAUCCUGUUUCCUUCCUCAAAAUCCUUCCUUAUUUAUUAGAAACCAAAAAAAUAUUGUGCAAACAUUUUAACAAUUCCCAAUUUGACCCACCCCCUGUUUACUAAAUUUUUAUGUUUUUUUUGUUAGAAAUUGUGAACGACAUUCAUUUUACUGUACUGCGACGAGAGUCUUGUUGAGGUCGAAGAAGAAGACCGUUGGUCCUGUGGUAGGAAUGUAGGAAAGUCAAACUUUGCAGGCAAAUUAGGAAGAAAGUAAAAAAACAGUUAGAAAUUGUUGGACAACAACUAAUUAGAAACGAUAGCAAGAGGGCAAACGGGCAGAGAGAUCUGACGAACGAAAUUCUAGGCUGGCUCUCGACUUUUAAAAAGAAAUUAUCUAGUACUAUGAAAAGAAUUGUAAUAAAGUAUAGGGCACGUAUUGAUUAACCACAAAGAUAAUCAUGACUUUGUAUUGCUAGAGAAGAUUGGCGCAAGCUGAAAAAAAUCGUAGAAAUGGAAAUGCAAUUGUAAAGAAGAAACUGCAAGCAAAUCGUAGGUGUGUAACUAAUAUCACUCGUCAAGACACACACACACAGAUAACACAAACACAUUAGUGAAUUGAAAUUGAAUGCGGGGAGACACGCGGGAGGUGAACAAACGGAAAUAGAACGACUGUUAAGUUUCAAUCAAGAGAGAAGAUUUAACGGCGGAACCGCAAAGCGGACUCUCGCCACCAAGGCACGUAAAGAACAAACAAUACCUCCAUCUUUAUUUUUUCUGAUUUUUUAAAACGCAAUAAAAAAGCAGAAAAGAGUUGCAGAGAUGAACACACUUACACAAAUACAAAUAAUUAAAAGAAACGCUCUCCUGGUGCCUGCACAUACACACACACACACAGGAAGGAGAAAACGGAUAAAAAAUAAUAUAAAAAAACGAAUGGAAAGCAAAACAAAACAAUAGCUACUGUUGAAGGAGAAACAAACAACCCGGUGUCUUAUGAAAGCGUUAAAACAUGAAAUAAUUAUAUUUGAUUUAAGGAGCAUAAACCCAUGUAUGAUGAAAAAGUUUAUCCAAAGAUUAGAGAAUAAAGAAUGUUUAAACUAUAA